UCUGUUGUUCAGGCAGCCAGCAGCACUAGCGACUAACUACGGCAGUGAAAUAUUCCCUCUGCUGCGCUCAUUGUGCAUCGGAGAGCCGAACGUCAUCGGCUAGCCAAUCAGUAGCUCCCACCAGGAAGUUUUAGGUCUCGGUGGGGGGAGAAAGGACUUGGUAAAAGUCUUCCUUCUAAUAUCAGGCUGUCCGGAUUGCUUGUUGUUCCUCUUCAGAUAAAGAUAUAUGAUAAAUGAUGGCAGAAGUUCUUGUGGACAAUACCUUUUUGAGUUGAAGCUUGGGGGGGGGGAUUCUGUUUUCAGAUGACAUUAAGAAGGGCAGCAUCUUACACUCAGAUUUGGGAGCUGAAGUUAAACAUUCCAAGAGGCUUGGAAUCAGCAAACAAGGAAGCAAGAAAAUGACCUAAUUAGUGGCAAGUAUGACUGACGACUUGCUGCAGAGGAGUUGAUGGUAAUUUCCCCAGUUUCACUCACAAGUCAUCGGUGCACGUUCAUGUACUCAGUAUUUACAAACCCCGUCUUUCCCUUCCUGCUGUCUGACCCAGUCCUCCAUGGAAUCCUACAGUUUACAUUUUGAGAGAAUGAGCAACGUGGACCUGCAUCCUCUGAGCCUGCCUGUCAGCCGGCUCUCCCCAGGCAAGUCCAACAGCAGCAUCGUUGACCAACUUACCCACCACCAACACGGCAAAGGAGACUCUGCCUACAGCUCCUUUUCUGGCGGGUCUAAUGCCCCAGAUUAUUCCUCUUCAUUCCUCCCAGAAGACCUACAGUCCAGCCCUUUCACUCACUAUGCUGAUCUUAAGUUUGUAAAGUCUAUUUAUACCCCUACUGAAGUUCUGCAGUCUGACACAAAGACCAUGGACCAGUUGUAUCACUCUGUUGAAGCCAUUUCUCAUCAGUGUCACCACACGAAAGGCACCAUAGUAAACCACCAUAGUAACCAUUGCCACACCAACAACAAAGAUGUCUGUAAGCAAGGUGUGCCUUUGGUGGCUCACCCUCAAGGUGCUUACUUUCUUCACCCUCCUCCAAUCCCAGUACGCCUGGAUAGUUACAUAGCUACAAAAAACUUGGAUAACAACAGAACUCAGCACCAUGGUACUGAGUCUCAGGUACAACAACAGUCAAGACCUCACACUCCAGUCCAUGGAAAACCCUGUGAACCUAUUGUCUCAAACCCUGAGAUGAUUAACUCAGAUUCAGAAAACAGUGGCCUCAAACCUGACCCAAUACAAGAUAGUUGGAGGGGAUUGCAAAAGCAGCAGCCACAAGUCUCCCAACCUCCAAUACAUCUCCCCCACAUUCAGCCUCAUGAUAAGAGCAGAAUGCUGUUAAACUCAGAGUACCUUAUCACAGAUAAGAAAGCUGUGUGUGAGCAGCAGAAGUCAAGAAACACCUUAAGCCGAUCACCACCACGAGGCACCAGCCAGGCUGAGCACCUGAAGUCCAGACAGCCAGCAAGUAGUAGUGGGUGUGAUGGAGAUGGUAACAAAAGCAGAGGUGGUAGUAGCGGUAGCCAUGUGGAUAAUCAGCGCAAAAGGGCCAAUUCAGCUUAUGAUUGGCUUGGAUCAGAACUCGCCCAUGCUGAGAGCUCAUGUGAUCCUGCUUCGAACAUUAUCAACAGUAGCAUCCAGCAUAAAGGUCAGUUCUACUUUGUUACAGGAGUAUGCAAGAUGUCUGAAGCUGGAAUGAGGACAUAUUCUGCAUCAGUUUGUGGAUCAGAUGCUGGAAGUGAGAGUUCCACUGUGGUGGAGACACACCGUCUAAGACAAAAAGAAAGACGUCAUAGCACAAUGGAUAAUUUCUUCAGACCAUUUUCCAGUGAUGCGAUUCUGGAUGAGGAGAUUUGCACUUCUUCGGCUAAGAACAAAUUACGAACGUCUAGGAGCCAUGAUGAGGAAAAUCACAGACCUGCCUUCUUGUCACAGUUUUCUCAAAGUUUUAAUGACUUAGGAGAAAUCCACAUGGCACCGAGUCGAGAGAUGGGCCGGCACACUGACAACAACCCUAUUUUCUACUGUGGACCUGACAAUAACUGCUCUCUAUCAACAAUAUCACAAAAAAAGGAGCUCAGCUCACUGACCACUGAUGAACAUUACAACCAGCAUAAGAGAAAAGAGCAGUCAAAAAGCUUGGAAAGGCAACCAUUGGGCGAUGUAGCCAGUGAGAGGAUAAGCAAAGAAACAACCCCACUUCUGUACCAACUCACCAGUGCCAACAGGGCAAUGUUAAAGCCAAAAAAGGAUGCUUAUGUCAGUAUAAAAAGUAGGGAAGCAACCAUAAAUGAAGCGAAUCAUACAGAUGUGACAGUUAAUGAUGACGUGCUUUCACAUGGGGAAGUAAGCAAUAGAGUUAGUGGGGAUAUUAACUCACUUGCCUGUAACACACUGGAUGACUCCUUUAAAAAGUACUACAAAGAGAAACUAAAGGAUGCUCAAUCUAGAGUCCUAAGGGAGACGUCUUUUAAAAGGAGGGACCUACAGCUGUCUCUGCCACACUGCAUCAGGCGAAAACCAGAACCGAGACCCACAGCAAUUCACGCUUUCUUUUCAUCAAAGGACUCUGACGCUUCAGCAGACACCCUUGCUACUUCUGUUAUCUCUGAGGAAACAGAGAGAGGGAGCAUGAAUGAAAAAACAAGGGAACAUCCAAAGGAGACUGAUAGAGAAAGUGAAAAUACAAAUGGGAGACCAGUCAAUGUGGCUCAGCCUCAGGUUGCGCGCAUUGGAGGGAGGAAGAGGUUGACUCUCGAGCAGAAGAAGAUGUCCUUCUCUGAACCAGAAAAACUUAACCAGAUUGGUGCUUUUUCCACCCACUCUGCUUGCCGCUCCUUCGAGAAUGAAACUGAAAACGUCUUUCUGGUUGAAGGUAAGGGAGAAGUGCAUGUGAGUCAUGGAGAGCAGGGACUGGUUGCUACACGAAGAAAGAUGUUUGAAACAAGAGGCAGGUCCUUGACAGCACCUGGUGUCUCAAAGACAAACCUUAAACACUUGCAGCACAAGGCCCUUGUAGAGUACAUGGAACGCAAGAAGGGUCAGAAAGUUGCUGAGCCUCAGCAAGCAUGGUCUCAGUUACCACCUCCACCCAGACAGAGGCACUCCUUGGGGGAAAAACCAUUUGACUGGGGUCCCAAGCCUUUGUCCGGAAGUUAUGAAGCUAAAAGUAUGAAGAAACACCGUAGACCUCACUCUGCAGGCCGCAUCCUUGAUUCCUCUACCAGUUCUGUCAGGUAUGCCCAGUUCUUCUCUGCACAGUCAGAUACAUUGCAAUCUGGAAGUUGUCCCAGUCAAGGAAAAAGGAAGGAGGUCCAAGGUCCAUCUCAGGGAAAGUCUGCCUCAGCGGAGAAUCUUUUGGACCAACCAGAACCACCAUGUAGCUUUAGGAACAGGUCUACAUCCUCUCCCCAUACAUUUCAGGCACUUGACUAUGAGAAACAGCAGUUAUUAGUUAAUACUGUGGAAACCUGGAGAAUCCAGAAGAAUGCCACAGAGGACACAUCGACAAAGGAAGCCCAUGAGGGCCAAAGGCAUAUCCGUGUAGUUGCACAGAGGGGGAAAUCCAUGGAAGAGCUUGGAGCUUCAAAGUUGACAAAAAUCACAGCCUUGAGUAAAAGUUCUGAGCAACUGGAUCAACUAUGGAGACAUUCAUCUGGACCAGGAGUUGAGCUUGGACUGAGCAAGGAUAAGAGAAGUGUUUCUUUCUUUGCUGAGGUCAAAGAAGAAAAAUCAAGGUGUCAGGAAAGAUGGCGGAAGAGCCGCUCAGUAUCGGAGCACGCUGGCAAAGAAUCAGAGAUUGUUGCCAGAAAGAAUCCUCAGGAACACACGUCAAGCCAAAUGGAGAAAAAACCUCUGCUUAAGCAGGACUCAUUACUGUGUAGUGGAGAAGAUGCUGAGCCUGUUGUGGCUGGAAUAAGGAACUUGAGUAGAUCAUCCUCACCAUCCAACUUUUCCUGUUCUCAGUUCAGGUUUCAUUCUGGAUCUCCUGAAUCCAAUGGCAUGGUCACAGAUGAAUUUCGGUCCAGUAAUAAGAUGAGUAACCCACUUUCUCCCAGACAUCAAGAGACAAGUGAACUUCUUAACCAGAAGUUUACUUAUGAAAGCAGGCCUAGCUCAAGAGUCAGGACAUCUUCUGCAACUGGAUCGGAGCGAGAGCAGCCGAAUGAACCCAGCAGCCACCCCGUACCCCCUGAUACAAACCAUGAAAUGUCUCUGAGCUGUGGCGUUACUACAGAGCCAUUGUUGUGGUUACCUCCUCCUGAAGAAGGAAUCAAACACCAGACGUCACCGAUAACAGACAGUACAUGUGACAGUGUGACCACAGGUCCGGCCCCACAUAUGCAGACAAGUGAAACCUCAGUGACUCCAAACAUCGUUUCUGAUGCCGACAUCAGUCCGCAGCUGGAAGAGGAGAAUGGUCCGGAAGUGGAAGAUGAGAAUCUGGAAGGCAACCAGGUAAUGGAGGACAGGAGAACACCAGAGGGCGAGACAGAGAGCCUGCAGGGUCCCACUGAGAGGCCCCAGUGGGAGGAGCUUGUAGAAGCAGUGGUUAAGGCUGAUCAGUCACUAGCCAAAGUGUUGUACCCACUGGCUAAUCGUAAGACGGCACUGAUGCUGAUGGAGCAGCUGUUGUCAGAGGACACUCUGCUGAUGGAGGAGCACUACAAGAAGAAGCAGGAGCAGAAAGGAACUGCAGAAAGUGCCAAUGCCGCUGAAGGUGCCGAAUCACCUCCCUCUCCUUUUCCUGAGACCCACAGUCCUCAAUGUACUGAGCUGCAAAACAAAGCUGAUAUCACUGAGAAGAAGCAUCUGUUAGUGUCUCACAUUAAAGAGCGUCUACAUUCACUGGAAGAGUCGUGCACUGUACUACAGACAGACAUUGAUGAGAACGUGGCCCAUGGGGAGGUUUUGGAGGAGCUUAUCCGUGAGCACUGUCUUCCCAUUGAGCUGGAGAGGUACAAUCUCUUCAUUGGAGACCUGGAGCGGGUUGUCAGCCUGUUGCUGUGCCUCUCUGCUCGCCUGGCCAGGGUUCAGAACGCACUGAGCACCGUGGACCAACACACAGACACUGAGGAGAAGCAAUCUCUGGAUAGUCGCCACCGUCUGCUGUGCAAACAGAGGGAGGAUGCCAAAGAUCUGAAGGACAACCUGGACCGCAGAGAGAAUCUGGUUUCCACCUUCCUGUCACGUCAGCUGUCUGCCGAGCAGCUGCAGGACUAUCGCCACUUUGUGCAGACCAAGGCCUCGCUGCUCAUCCGUCAGAAGGACCUGGAGGAGAAGAAGAGGCUGGCAGAGGAGCAGCUGGAGGCACUUUGCAACAGUGUGAAUCUUUGAAGGAAACCCCCCCCAAGAUGAUUUUUUCCAUCAUCUUUUCAUUUCACACCUGAAGACUUUAGCUGUACUUUUCUAGCUCACUUUGCCUAUGUGACACAGGACACAACUGAGUGGUUCAUCAGUGCUCUCAGAUUAUCCCGUUAUUCUUCCUAUCAUUCCAUUCUGCUCUCCUCCCAUGACCUGAGCAGUAAAAUCCGUUCAGAAUGAAGGUCAUCACCUUUCUUCCUCCGCCCAACUCCGUGCAAACCUGCAGCUGAGGACGCGUGUUCAUCGCAGCGUGUUUCCAUGGACUCUGAAGAAGAGUGACUAGUUUUCUGCGUUGCGUGCCUUCUGAUUGGUGUUGCUGUGGAAUGUUUUCACUUAGAGUUGCUGUGCACAAAGUUUUGCAUGUAGUAAUUCAUCAGCUGUUCACUCUGUCACUGAAGCUGCAGCACUGUCCUCAGCACCGAUCAUAAGCUUUAAGAAUUUUUUGCUUUUGACCUGUUAGAAGACUUUGAGUACUGUAGCCACGAAAUGUACAAUAGAAAUAGGAGAUGUAAUGUUUUUAAUGUUCUUAUUUUUAAAUGUUUCCAAUGAAGACACUAAAAACCAAAAAAAAAAGGUGAAUGGAAAAAAAAAAGCACU